CGAAUUCUUCUCCUUCCCAAGAUCUGCUUCACCCUUUUAUAUAUAUAUAUAUAUAUAUUUUUUGGGCUGCUUGGCGAUGACGAUGAUGAUGGUGGUGAUGGUGACGAUGGUGAUGGAAAACAGAGGGAUCUAUGGUUCUGCCCCUCUCCUUCUAUUUUGGUGGUGAUUGAGGAUGGUGAUGGAGGUGGAGGUUGUGAUGAUGAUGAGAUGCAAGGAGAUGGUCUCUGGGUUCUCCAGAGAGAGAGAAAGAAAAAAAAAAGGGGCCUGGGUUCUGGGUUCUGGGUUCUCCAGGAGAACCCAGAUCGGGUUCUCCGAGACUGGGUUCUUCCCGGAAAACCCAUCUAGGUUUGAAUCAGAUAAAUCUUUAACUGAGCGUUAUGCUGAUGCAAUUUUUCCAAGGAAAGUUAGAAACUCACUGGCUUCUGUCAUGGAAAGUGUCCGGAGAGGGGUUGAGAUGGGUUCUCAAAGGAUCAAAAGCUUCAGAAAACCUAUGAACUCACAGUCUCCCCGGAACAAGUCAGAAAAAGAUUCAGUGGUUGUGAAUGACGAAACCCAAAAAUGCCUUGACCUGAAUAAAAAACUGGCAAUCAUUGCCUCUGUCCUUCGUACAUUCAUGGAUGCCUUCUAUAUAAUUCACAUGAUCUUUCAAUUCCGAACUGGGUUCAUUGCCGCUCCUUCUAGAGUCUUUGGUAGGGGUGAGUUGAUUGUUGAUCCUUGGGCCAUUGCAAAGAGAUACUUGUUCACAUACUUCAUCAUCGACGUCCUGUCAAUUCUUCCGCUUCCACAGCUUGUAACUUUGCAUGUCAUCCCUUUAUUUAAAGACCGGGGGGUUACAUUAGUAACGAAGGAGUUGUUGAAAUACACUAUUAUCUGUCAAUAUGUUCCGAGAAUUCUUCGAAUUGUUCCCCUUUAUAUAGAAGUUACGCGAACUUCAGGCAUUAUCACUGAAACUGCUUGGGCUGGAGCUGCCCUGAAUCUAUUCCUCUACAUGCUAGCCAGCCAUGUUCUUGGGGCCAUCUGGUACAUGAUUUCAGUAGAAAGAUGUAAGGGUAAAGAAAGAUGUCUAUGGCCCGUGCCCUCGGAAUAGGAAGAUUUGACUACGACUUCAGUUUUUUCGAUCUUCCCUUUUUUUUGCACAGCAGACUUCAUACCAUUCUUUUUUUUGCACAGCAGCCUUCAUACCAUUCUUUUUUCCGAGUCUUUCCUUGUUUUUAAAUUUCAUUGGAAACUUCCCACCAACUCCCCCAAGUUGGCAAAGGAAAUACUAGUAAAUGCUAUCUCCUAAG